UAUGUUUCGUCUAAGUCCAUACUAUACAAAUGUUAGAUAAGAGGUUUAUUCUGAAAUCAAUUAUCAAUUGGCUAAAGAAUUAGAUUAAAUGUAGUAAUACAAAGAUCAAACAGGAAGUAAUAGUAAAAAAAGCGCGUCAAAAUAAAAUUUCAAUAGUAUCUGUAGAAAUUGUCAUCUAAUUAAAAAAUAGUUUAUAAGAGAACAAAUGACCAAGAAUCAAUUAUAGAGGAUCAGAUUAUAAAGAAAUGCUCAAACUGUGAAAUUAAAAUUGUUUCAGAUGAUAUUUAUUGUUCAGUCUGUACUAAAUUGAUGUGUUAGAAGUGUAUUAAUGAAUGUAGUGCCUGUGGAAAUAAUUGCUGUUUGAUUUGUAGCAAAUAUGCAUAUUUAUAAAGUGGUGAUUUUUUAAUGUGCUUGUAAUGUAUAUAAUAAUAAUGA